CGGAGUCCCGAGGCUCCCGGCCCUGGUCCGGCCUGGGCCCAGACGUCAUGACGAACGUAUAUUCCUUGGAUGGGAUCCUGGUGUUUGGUUUGUUAUUUGUUUGCACCUGUGCCUACUUCAAGAAGGUGCCUCGUCUCAGGACCUGGCUGCUCUCAGAGAAGAAGGGAGUCUGGGGUGUGUUCUACAAAGCUGCUGUGAUUGGAACCAGACUGCAUGCUGCUGUGGCAAUUGCCUGCAUUGUGAUGGCAUUUUAUGUUCUGUUUAUAAAAUGAACCCUGAGACAUCCGAACCACCAACUGCCAACCAAGGGGACUGGGGCAAGAGGCCUUUCAGGGACUUAUGCCCCUCAUAGAAGAGCCGGACUGAAAUCAGCAAAGCCCCUCAGGAUGAUGCUGCAUCCUCUGCCCCUACCAGGCCCAGAAAAAGCUCCUCGGGAUCACCCACAUCAUUCAGGCUUUGGGGGGAUUCCAGAAAGCCAAUUUCUCUACCUUCCUCUGAUCUGUAUAAAUUAAUCCGCUGCAGAGUCUGUGGUGUUCAGCUAUAUAGCUCACCUUUUGGUGAUAACAUUACAUACCUCUUGCUGAAGAGUACCUGUCAUGUAUUUUAUUCCUCAGCAAUUCUUCAGGAUCUCUUAAACUUCAGGAUCUAAAACUGAGUAAGCCUGAGAAGAGUAGAAAGAAUAGUCUGGGCUCUGGUUUCUUGGGAGGGAGUAUUUUUCAAGGCUCACUUUUCCCCUAUUUGAUCUAGAUUAGGCAAAUUGGAUAAAGGGGAGUUACACAAUGCCAAGGAAGAGCUUGGCUUUGGAAGUUCUCUUUUUUUUAUGUCCAUUUGGGGAUAUGAUAGGGAGACAUUGUCCUCUGUGCACAAGGAGGGCAGAUGAAAUAGCCGGGUGCUGAAUGUACGGGAGUUCUGCUAGGACAGUCUUUGGGAAUGGUAAGGUUUAGGAGAGCCUAACUAUUUAGGAUCAGGCCAGAAAGCAGAAACAUCUUCGUUAAGAGAAAGAGCUGGUAUCCAGAAAUGGAGAGAAUUUAGGAUUUUACCAGAUUAAAUGGCAUAUGGAGAAUGAAAAAGCUGUUUUUUUCCUUAAGCCUUGGAUAGAUUUUUCAAACUUCCUAGACUUGAAUGCU